GUUGCAAAACAGCUUCUCUGGAAGUGAUGACACCAACAGAAAACCUUCCAAUAACUUCCUAUGAGAGGAGGACAACACAGGAGUUACUGCACAGGGUUAAUCACAUGGUGUAAUAAGCAGAUAAGGGCGAUACUCAGGGAAUCAGAAAAUUGAUGUCCUCCAGGGGUGGUGUACCCCUAGGUCCUGGGAGUUUAAUGAACAUGAUGCGGGGUCAAAGCCCAGGAGUUUACAGAGUCCCCCCAGGGCCCUAUCAGCGUCCAGGGAUGCUCCCAGGAGGUAGAAUGCCAAUGCCAGGAAUGCCAGUGGGAUCCCCCAUGCUAAAUACAUAUGGUCCAGGGUCUCCCCUCAGGCCUGGGAUGAACCCCAUGUUGAUGGAGCCUUUCAGGAAGAGACUUCUUGGCCCACACGGACAUCCGCCUGGAGCCGGACAGAGGAGGGGAGUGAAGAGAAGAAAGAUGGCUGAUAAAAUUCUGCCACAAAGGAUCAGGGAGCUGGUUCCGGAGUCUCAGGCCUACAUGGACCUCUUGGCAUUCGAACGAAAAUUAGAUCAGACGAUCGCAAGAAAGAGGAUGGAAAUUCAGGAUGCUAUCAAGAAGCCACUCACACAAAAACGCAAACUGAGAAUUUAUAUCUCAAACACGUUCACGCCUGGAAAACCUGAUGGGGACGAGGGAGAGAGAGUGAGCGCGUGGGAGCUGCGGGUUGAAGGGAAGCUACUGGAAGAUCCUGGCAAACUGAAGAGAAAGUUCUCAUCCUUCUUUAAAAGCCUUGUUAUCGAACUGGACAAAGAGUUGUAUGGACCGGACAACCAUCUGGUGGAGUGGCAUAGAAUGGCCACCACUCAGGAAACAGAUGGUUUUCAAGUGAAGCGACCUGGAGAUGUGAAUGUGAAGUGUACCCUACUGCUAAUGCUGGAUCACCAGCCUUCCCAGUAUAAGUUGGACCCCCGUCUAGCACGUCUUCUCGGUAUCACCACUCAGACUCGUGCCAACAUAAUGCAGGCUCUGUGGCUGUAUAUCAAGACCAACAAACUGCAGGACAGCCAUGAGAAGGAACACAUCAACUGCAACCGCUACUUCAGACAGAUCUUUAACUGCGUCCGCAUGAGAUUUUCAGACAUUCCUAUGAAGCUAGCAAGCCUCUUGCAACAUCCAGAUCCCAUAAUAAUCAAUCACACCAUCAGCGUGGAUCCCAAUGACCAGAAGAAGACAGCUUGUUAUGACAUUGAUGUUGAAGUUGACGACCCCUUGAAAGCACAGAUGAGCAGCUUUCUUGCAUCUACGACCAACCAACAGGAAAUCGCCAACCUGGAUUCCAAGAUCCACGAGACCAUCGAAUCGAUCAACCAGCUAAAAACACAGAGGGAUUUCAUGCUGAGCUUUAGUAACGGCCCCCAGGAGUUCAUCCAAGACUGGAUGAAAUCUCAGAGUAGGGACCUAAAGAUCAUGACCGAUAUGAUGGGAAACCCAGAGGAAGAAAGACGCUCUGAAUUUUAUGAACAGCCGUGGGCUCAGGAGGCAGUGGGGAGACACAUCUUCUUUAAGGUGCAGCAACGAAGACAAGAGUUAGAGCAAGUUUUAGGGAUCCGACUCACCUAAUUACAGUCCUGAACCACCAGCUGUUAAUCCCCAAAGCUCUUAUUCUCUGUAUUUUUAUAGAUGUUAUGGAAACAGCUGUCUCAGUGAUUGGUACGAUGUCCAAACUAUUUCUUACGUUUAAUUAACCACUGCCCUGAUGCAUCACUAGUUUGAGAUAUGUGUUGAGAUGGUAAAUAUCUCACUCCUAUUAUAUAGAAGUUAAUAUUUCCACCAAUUCACUAUUGCAAACCGAAAACAUGAUCUUGAGACUCGGUGUAGAACAAAGCAGAUACCUAGCGAUGGAGAAUGCAGUACUAUCAAAACUCAAACACGUUUAUUCUGGCAACAGUUCUUUAGAGGUGAAUUCACUGAAGACUCGCAAAGUUUAGUUAUAAAAUAAGAAUUGGAGGUUUUAAUGCACCAUAGCUCACUGUUUGUUAAUAA